AUGCCUAUCCACAGGCGUAAAGGUAAUGCUCGGCACCAGUUAAGUUCCGACUCUGUUGGCUCACCUCUUUGUUGGCUUGAUUGCCAUCUCGGUUGUGGACUCAGUGCCUGGCCACUUUUGGUGGCCUUUCAAGGGUCUGAUGAGCCCUCACAUUCAUGCGUGCUGUAUUUUGACGCUGCCAAUGCGGGCACCAAGACUGACGACUACAGGCGUCGCGUUAAUGCAGAUAUGACCUUUUUGGUGAUGGUGGUGGUUUUCAUUGCCCUGUCAGUCGCUAUGACGAUUGCGAUUUGUAGCUCAAGCCCUGUACCGCUUUUCUUCUGCCGAACGGCUCGAGCUUGCGUUUGGAUGGCCCUAUUUGGCCUCGCCGGCUCCAAAAGCAGAACCUUUUCUCCUUUUUGCUAUUCACCCACUUCGAUCUCGGGACAAUUAGUCUUGUUUUGUAGGUGGGCCUGGCGACUGUAG